GAACAUUAUAAUUAUUAUUUCAUUCAGGCAGACUGUUUCAGAUAGACUUGAAUAUGGAUUUCCUUUGCGCUCAAAUCACGUUGAUAUUCUUUGGUGUAACAGCAGUACAGGCAUUUCUUUUUAACAAGGAUUGUCUUGUAACAUCGUGGUCGAACUGGAGUGAAACCAACAGUAAUGGCAUACAGACAAGAACUAGACAAAUAAUGCGUUUCCCAUCCGAGGGUGGGCAGCCAUGUCCAGUGCUUUUUGAGGAACGAGUUGAUGUUGACUGUCAAGUCUCACAAUGGUCAGCAUGGGGUGAAAAUUUUGGAUUUGGUCAACAGAGCCGAUCAAGAACUAUUACUCAACGUCCCGGAGGAGCUGGAGCUAAGUGUCCGGAGCUUGAGGAGGUCAGAUAUACGGGCGAGGUACCGAGUGUCAAUGUUACUGCAAAAAAGGUUGAAGCAAAUUUCAUCCGACCUACUGGUAACUAUCGUGUUCGCCGACAAGCAGGAACUGGUAGUGUAAGGGACCUUCUCCUUAUCAUGGAUAGUUCGGGAAGCAUUGGCCGGAAUGGAUUCACGAAAGCCAAUUCUGAAAUAAGCAGACUAAUUGGUUUGUUGUGUCCCUUAAAUGGGCCAUUUGAUGAGAGACCUGCGUCACUCUAUCAGCAUAACCAAGCUGCAAUGCUUACGUUUUCAACCUACGUAAAUGAGAACUUUGACUUUGAUGACUACAGCACCACCGCCGAAAUACAGAAAGCCAUUGCUGGGGCUCGUUACUACGGUGGAAUGACAGAUACUGCUUCGGCUUUUACAAAAGCUAUCAGUCUUUUCCAGCCAGAUAAAGGUGCAAGAGAUGAAUCAUUGGUAAAGCGAGAAGUUCUGAUUCUCACAGAUGGCCGCUCAAACGAUCGUGAUCAGACUCUGGCUGCUGUGAAAGAACUGCACGAGGUAGCUGACGUGUACGGACUAAUGACAGGAUCAUUCUCAAAACAAGGGAUGGAAGAGCUUACGGCAUACGUCUCUUCACCUAUAGACGAGCAUUUGUUCUAUGUCAGCAACUUGCAAGACCUAACUUCUUUAGUGAAGUUCGUUGAAGAUACAAAGGAAGCAAAUGGGCAAAAUUGGUGUGCCCCUUUUGAUGUAUAAUAAGUAGAACAUGUUUUAGUUUAUACUUCCCGGUAUGAACACUUUGGCACUUCAAUACUUUCAUAAUUGAUGGCAUUGACAAUCUCAGGAAUAUAUUUUAUCUCUGAUAUAGAAUUUAAAACAACUAAAUGUAAAUUUGAUAUACUGUGGUCAUUGAUGUAAUUUUAAACAUUGAAAAUGAUAUAUUUUAUCGACAAAAUGAUUGACUUUUCCACUGAAUCAUUAAAGUAUUUUGAAGGACAUCUUUUAACGAUAUUCGGGCUGUUUUAAAUGUUUCCUUUUAUCACAACAGGAGGAAGAAAAAUAAAAAAUAUAGCAUGACUUUCUGAUGUAAUAAGGCUCUCGUAUUAAAUAACGUACAAAUGGCACGUAAAUUUUUAGUUUUAACCGGGUAGUUAGCUAAAAUGCAAACACACAACACAAAUUAUUGUUAUGUUAAAAAUGUAUUUGUAUAAUCUUUAAUGUUAUAAUUAUUACUUAUAUGAACAUGUUAUUGCUUCUUAUGCCCUCCAUACUUUCUCAUUUGACGUGUAUGGUCUGCUCUGGUAAGACUAAAAUAAUACACAUGCAAAAUUUCUCAUUCAAAACGCCAUGAUUAGAAAGGUUCUGCAGACCUUUUGUAUCGUCUUAUGCUUUACCAUCAUUAUAUGGUUAUCAUUUUCUUUUCAACCUCUUUUUUAUGUUUCCUUCUUCUUUAAUAUUAAUAUUCUGUGUGAACUGGCUUUUACAGAAAGAUACGAAAAUGAAAUUGUUUAAAUGAGAAUAAACAGAAAAGAAAGGUUGCGAUUUCAAUAUUUCAUGCUGUAAAUCUCUAUACAUAAUGAAAACCUUCUGCUAAAAUUGUCCUAAAUAUGAGCCGCGCCAUGAGAAAACCAACAUAGUGGGUUUGCGACCAGCAUGGAUCCAGACCAGCCUGCGCAUCCGCGCAGUCUGGUCAGGAUCCAUGCUAUUCGCUAACUGCAAUAGUCUUUGAAAGUGAACAGCAUGGAUCCUGACCAGACUGCGCGGAUGCGCAGGCUGGUCUGGAUCCAUGCUGGUCGCAAACCCACUAUGCUGGUUUUCUCAUGGCACGGCUCAUAUGUGAUCAAGUUGUUCGCUAACAUGCAAAUCUUCAAAUUUUUGUUGUAUUUUACAUCUAGUGUAAAUAACUGAAUCUGAAUGUUGACUCAUCAAAAGCCCUUUGAGUAAACACUGAUGCGACGAUUUUAUCCUUUAUCGUAUGCAGUUUGAUGUUUGUCAAAAUCACCGACAAUAUCUGAGAAUAGAUACUCCUUUGUAUGUGUUUUUUCCCUUAGGAAGUGUUUAUACUUUUUAAGUAAAUGUAGAUGACAAUUAAUAGAGACGUAUAUUGCCAAAUUUGAAUUGAUUUCUGCUAAAUACACCUUUAAGUUAUCAAUCAAAUAAACUUUGAAAACGACGAUGUCAUUGUUACUGUAAAUUAUCUUAGAAACUUGAAUUGGAAUGAUAAUGUCAUAAUGAUUUAGUACUGUAAAAGCAGACAUUUUCGCGCGGGUUUAAUUUUCUGUAUAUAUUAAUCCUCAUGGAAUAUUGACCAUUAGUAUAAUUCAAAUUCAAGUAGGAUACCAUUUUUACAAUUUCGCGAACAUUAAAUAUCGUGUACAUACUUAAAAUUUCCAAUUAGCGAAAUUUUGACCCAGCAAAAAUAUGCGCUUUUACAGUAAUUGAAUCUGUGAAAAGAUCUGAGAUUUUGAAUGAUCAUUUGUAAAAGGUAUGAAAGCGCCUGUAUCCCAUGUUACAAAUUUAACUGAUAUGUUGAGUCUCUUAUAUGGGUAUAAAUAGUACACCAAGAAAAAAAAUCCUGAAACAAAUGAUUGCAGGCGAAAUGGUCAAAAGUUUGAAAGACACAUAUCCUUUAGGAUUAGUGAAUGCUAACACUGAUCUGUGUUAGAUAUUUUAAAUCGAUAAUAGUCAUUUUUUCACUCUUAAACUUGUUUAAAAAGUGGCAGACGACAAGUUAUUUUAUCCUAAGGUUUUAAAAAUGAUCCGUGAUGUAUUUUGUAUCGAUCUGUACACCUUAUGUUUGUGUUCAUAAUAAUGCUAAAAUAAGCGUUAGUGGUAUUGUUAUAAAUGUAGCAAAUAAACUAAUAAAUCUG